AUGUACGCUGUAGAGCAGGAAAGGGCCCAUCCGGUUCCCCCACCACUAUCAAUGGACCGUAUUUCGGGAUCGUCCGCCGCAUAUCCUACACCGGGCUCGGGACCACUACGCUCGGCUGAUCUUUUGGCUCCCAUAUCUACCAUUCAUGAUGGUCGCAUUUGGGCUUUGCAGGUUGUCCAGCAACCCAUCCGCGCCAGAAUGUGUGGCUUCGGUGAUAAAGACCGAAGACCGAUCACCCCGCCCCCAUGUAUUCGAUUGAUUGUGCGCGAUCAACAUACCGAUAAAGAGAUUGAUAUCAAUGAAAUUGAUACUUCAUUUUAUGUGCUCACGGUCGAUCUAUGGAACGCCGAAGGAAACAGUGAAGUGAACCUGGUCAAGCACUCCGCCACAUCCCCAUCAAUCUCGACCGCUAUGUCCUCCUCAUACCCACCCCCACCUCAGAGCAUGUCCCCCACAUAUCCUGGUUACGGCCAAAACCCCUACGCCCCACCUGUCGGGUAUCCGCAGCAGGUGAACAAUUAUUAUGGUGGUGCCCAGCAGAUGACAUAUCAAAAUCAAUAUGGCCAGCAAGUCUACUCCCAAUACGGCGGUUAUCCACAGGGAUCUCAGAUGCCGGCUGCCAUGUCGCCUGCUCAACCCGUAUCCGGUGGCCCAGGGGGCAUGUUUACCCGCAACUUGAUUGGAAGCCUUAGCGCCAGUGCCUUCCGGUUAACAGACCCAGACAACAAGAUUGGUGUCUGGUUCAUUUUGCAGGAUUUGAGUGUACGGACAGAGGGUACUUUCCGUCUCAAAAUGAGUUUUGUCAAUGUUGGUACACCAUCAACUGAGGCAGGUAACGGUGCUCCUGUGAUUAACCAUGAUUCUGCGCCUGUUCUGGCUUCCGUCUUCAGUGAACCUUUCCAGGUCUUUUCUGCAAAGAAAUUCCCAGGUGUCAUCGAAAGUACCCAGCUCAGUAAAUGUUUUGCACUUCAGGGUAUCAAGAUCCCCAUCCGCAAGGAUGGUGUGAAGGGAUCCCGUGGUCGAGGCGGAGAAGGCGAAGAUGAUGCAGAUGACGAUUACUAG